AACUUCGGUUUGUUCGCCCCUCAUUAGUAUCAAAGCUCCUUUUUUGGUAGUUAGGAAUUAUACAUUCCUGUUUUACCUCAUAGUCCAAAGAAGGAACAUCGUAUGACUGUCUGUGAAAUAGCAUCUGAAGAGAACUUACCUCACAAAUCCCUAUACCUGUCUAUGUCCAAUUAGAAAUUUGUCACCACCACCAUUUGGACGUGUUAGAGAACAAGCAGAGGUUUCCUAGUGAUGGGGUGCAUGUAUUGCCUGUCAUCAAACGUUUGGAUAAUCCCCACGUGGGAUUCAGCCUCUGUCUCUUGCAUGCUGAUGUGGUUUUCAAUCAGUUCCAUACACUUCCAGGUUAAACCAAAUAUUUGCGCAACGCAGCUUCGUGCAGGAGGACCAUCACUUUGUUUUAUACUUCAGAAAAUAUGAGAAUAAGCAGAGUGGUGUUCUCUCUGAAUUAAAAGUACAUAUCUGUGCCUUGCUGAGGACAGCUGCAGGAAUCAAACGCUUGAAUCAAUGUUAUCGGAUGAGUUAGAAUCCAAACCAGAGCCUUAUCUAUGGUCACGGAACAGGCAACUUAGAACUGUUAAUGAAGUACACUUUGGGAGAGCUCACAGGUCUGCUGGUUCAGUUUGUUCAGAAUACUUCUAUUCCACUAGCUCAAGGGCUGGUGGAAUCAGAGCCGAAAGACAUCACCUGUCUUUCUCUCCUUCCUGUUACUGAGACCUCAGAAUGCAACAGACUCAUGUUACCAGAUGAUGAAAGAGAUCUCACUUCUCCAAGUCACACUAAUUCUUCCAAAGAUGUUUCUUCAUCUGCUGUGUUGAGGAGCCUCCAGGUAAAUGUGGGCCCUGAUGGAGAGGAAACAAGGGUACAGAAUGUACAGAAACCAUCUGAACUUCUGUCAUCUCCAGAGACUUCCAGUUUAUUGCAAGACCUGCAGCCCAGUGACAGCACCUCAUUUAUUCUUCUCAACCUAACAAGAGCAGGGCUGGGCUCUCCAGCAGAGCACUUGGUGUUUGUUCAAGAUGAAGCAGAAGAUUCUGGGAAUGACUUUCUCUCUCACGAUAGCACAGACAGCAGUACUCCAUGGUUCCUGCGAGUGCAAGAAUUGGCCCAUGACAGUUUAAUUGCUGCAACUCGAGCACAGCUCGCUAAGAAUGCCAAAGCAAGCAAUAAUGGUGAAAAUGUUCAUCUUUGCUCAGGAGAUGGGCAACCGAAAGACUCAAGCCCCAUUCCUCACUUAUCUCGUGUGGAAAGGAAGUUGAAGUGCACAGUUGAAGGCUGCGAUCGGACAUUUGUGUGGCCAGCUCACUUCAAAUAUCAUCUGAAAACACAUCGGAAUGAUCGUUCCUUCACCUGCCCAGCAGAAGGCUGUGGAAAAAGCUUUUAUGUCUUGCAGAGGCUGAAGGUGCACAUGAGAACUCACAAUGGUGAAAAACCCUUUGUUUGUACAGAGCUGGGUUGCGGGAAACAAUUCACAACAGCUGGAAAUCUGAAGAACCACCUACGAAUUCACACUGGGGAAAAACCCUUUCUGUGUGAAGCACAGGGAUGUGGUCGCUCCUUUGCUGAGUACUCCAGCCUUCGAAAACAUUUAGUUGUCCACUCAGGAGUGAAGCCCCAUCAGUGCCAAAUUUGUGGGAAGACAUUUUCCCAGAGUGGUAGCAGAAAUGUGCAUAUGAGGAAACACCACUCCCGAAUUGGAACAGGUAGCAGCAGAGAGCAAGAACAACCAGAGUCGUUGAUGGGCAGUAGUUUACUGGAAGAAUCUACAGUACAUAGUAAGAAUCUCAUCUCCGUGAACUCUCAGCCCAGCCUUGGUGUGGAGUCUCUACACCUGCCAGAUACUGAGUCUAUAAUCGGUGUAGAGGAGGGUGAGACCGGCUGCUCUUUCUUCCGCCCUCUUAUAUGUAGUGACUGAAGUGGGAUUGAUUGUUCCUCCUAGAGACUCAGCAUGUUGCAGUGGGAUGAGUAAACGUUGCUUUAACUGUGCACAGAGCGAGUUGGGUAGAUGGCAAACAAAUGAUAAUGCUGGAGCUGGAGAAGACAUACUGGACCAGGUUUCUCUCUGCAGAGCUCAAAAUGUGGUCUACUGCUUAAGUGUCAUUUAGCCCAUGUCGUGGAACACCAUUUCAAAACUGUUCAUGCAGUCCAUUCUCCUAAAGCACUUGUUAUACUGGAGCACUUAAAAGUUCCAGUUAAGGACCAGGAUCUCAUUGUGUUAGGCACUGUACUGAAUGUACAAACAUUCAGUAUCUUGAGCAACAGGCCUUUCAUCCUUUACCUUCAGAGACUAUAUUCUAAUACAUCUCACUGUCAGGAACUGACUUAAUAUCUGAAAUAAAUGUACUACUUGGUAUCAUUUAAUUACAACUGCUGUGUUCUUUUCCAGUUGCUUCUUUUCUGAAAACUUCUUUGAUAUAUCAAGCUCUAUAAAUUACUCUACUAUGUAGAUGUUUUGAAUUUUUGUUAAGAUAAAGUCAUUUUCUUCAUUCA